AAAAGAGAGAGACUCAUUCCAAAGGAAUCACGAAUGUCCAUCUGUCAUUCUGGAGGACAAGCAUCGAGUUCAUCUUCUUCCUACUGACCACUACUUGUACAACUUUGACCGUUAUAAAGGAUGCUUUCUCCAGGUAUUCGAAAUGUUCUACUAUCAGGUGUUAUUGGUUUGAUUCUCUACAACUCUGACCCAAACAAUAGCUGGGUGGUGUUAUUUUCUCAAGCAACUGUUCUUGGACACCUCUUCUUAGGUCUCUUUUUAAACUUUUACAUUCGUCGCCUUAUAAAGCAAAACGAAGAUAAUGAAACUAUCAGAGUACCUCGUUCUUCUUAUAGUUGGAAACGAGUUGCACCAGAAAAGGACGAGUGGUUGAAUAUGACUAUUCGAGAAUAUGACUUGGAGGAGCUAAAAAGAAGCCAACAUCGUUUCGUUCUCAACGCAGCGUUCCUAGGCUUUGCUGCUUUUCGUUUAGCUGCUACUCGUGCCGCUAUUUUACAAGGAUUGCUUUGGAUUGUUCAAAUACUAGAAUCACCUUUGGUACAAAUUUAUAUCUUCGAGAAGCCUGCGACAGGUUUAUUAGCAAGGCCUUUUCAGAAAACUAUAGGGUUAUUGGACUAUUUAUCAAGAGCAAUUCGUCAAGACUCUAGUCAGACUAGGACGACUAGCGAAAAUAAAAAAGACAAUUGAACGUUUUUUUGCUAGAAGUUUUUCCUUUUCUAUGUUGAGAAAAAAUGUGUAGUUCUAAGAAUAACCAUAAAGAUGAACUUGACAGU